GCAGGGGAGGUGUUUUGAGCCGUGAAAGUGGGAUUAUGCAUGGACACGUGAUCUAGCGAUGUCUGCGGCUUUCCUCUUCGCGGCGCUUGGCGCUUUGGCUCUCGUCAGCCGCACAGGUUGCACAGACAACACAAAUGGCUUAGGAGCAGACGGAGUACAAGAGAUAGACUAUACUGACGUGGAUCUAGGACUGACACAACGAGGGCCCAGGUUCGAUGUCCCGCACUCGAAGAACGUCACAGCACUAGUGGGGAAGACGGCACAGCUCAACUGCAGAGUCCAUGAUUUGGGGAAUAGGACUGUAUCAUGGAUCAGACACCGUGACAUCCACCUGCUGACGUCAGGGCGGAUGACGUACACCUCAGACCAGAGGUUCAUCAGCGUGCACAACCCUCACACCGAGGACUGGAUACUGAAGAUUCGGUUUCCGCAACGUCGCGACUCUGGUAUUUACGAAUGCCAAGUCGGCACCACGCCUCCCAUCGGCCAUAGAAUGUACCUCUCCGUCGUCGAGCCUCUGACGACGAUCUUGGGGGGUCCGGAGCUGUUCAUUAAUACUGGCAGCACCAUCAACCUGACGUGUGUGGUGCAGCACUCCCCGGAGCCACCACCAGCCAUACGAUGGACUCAUAAUGAUGAGGAGAUCAACUACGACUCCCCCCGUGGUGGGGUGUCCGUCAUCACGGAAAAGGGGGAGACCACCACCUCUCACCUUCUAGUGCAGAGGGCCAAAGCCCCCGACUCCGGCAGGUAUACCUGUGCACCAGCUAAUGCUAAUCCAAGAUCUGUUCUCGUCCAUGUCUUGAGCGGUGAGCACCCAGCUGCAAUGCAGCACGGUGGUCAACUCCGUCUCCAGUACCCCCUAUCUGCUGCCCUCCUCAGCGUCAUCGUGACCCUCAUGGGCUGCUAGUAUCAAUAACUGAACAGUUUUGUAAUAUAUACCUUGAAUAAGUGUCGCAUCAACCAUUUUGGGUGACAGAAUGGAGUUUCAACAACUAUAAUUGAGCAAUCCGCUAAGACUUCGUUUAUGUAGAUGAUGUAUUAAAAUUAACGAAAAUUCGAUAUUAUCCUUUGAGGAAUUUUGAGUUUAUCAGAAACAGAGAUUGAUAGAGACCAAGGACCUCUUUGUUUUUGCAGUAAUUAUCAACGAUUAAUAUUCAAACUAUUAAUAUUCUGAGGGCCAGAAUCGUAAUCUGAAUACAGAGCACAAAUACUAUUUAUUGACUGCGCGUCGAUGCAUGUGGUUGCAGAUGAUUUGCUUCGCUCAUUGAAGCGUGGAGUGUGGUAGUGUUCAAGUUAGCAUGUGGUAGUGUUCAAGUCCAAAUGGACUUAUACUUGUUUCAUCAAAUCUCUUGUCGAAAGUUUC